AUGUCUAAUGAGCUUGACAAAUGUUUAAUGGACUUGUAUAGUAGGAAUUGCCCUAAAAACUUUGAGUAUCUAAAUAUUAUUAGACAAUUAAACAUUUCACUUGACAAAUUUAAAAUAGUACACGUAGGUGGUACUAAUGGCAAGGGGUCUGUUUCUUACAAGAUUGCCAAUUGUUUAAAGUCUUGCGGUUGUAACGUUGGAUUAUUUACUUCCCCGCACAUAUGGACUCCAUGCGAACGCAUUAGUAUCAAUAAUCAGAUAAUAUCCAACGAAAACUUCAUUAGAUACUAUAAAAUCGUUUCAAAUGUGGAUAAUUCUAGACAAUUGAGGAUAUUUGAGGUAUUUAUGAUUAUGGCAUUUAUGUACUUUAUAGAUAACGAUGUAGAAUGGGUGGUACUCGAGGUUGGAAUUGGAGGUAGAUUGGAUUCUACAAAUUUUAUCACUAGUAGUAAAUUGGUGGUAAUAACAUCUAUUGGGCUUGACCAUAUGAAUAUUCUGGGCGAAAAUUUGUCUGAUAUUGCUUAUGAAAAAGCUGGCAUAAUCAAACCUAACACGACAGUUGUAAUAGGACCUUCGUGUGUAAAAUAUGCAGUAUUUAAAGAUAAAUGCAAAGAAAACCACUGCAAAUUAAUCCCAGUCACUAUUAAUGCAUUGGAAUUUGACACUGAAAACACGGAAAUUGCAAAAAUUGCGUUGACACAAGGCUUGGGAUUAGACAGCAAAAUCGUUAAUCAAAGAUUAACAAUUAAGCCACCUUUGAGAUAUUAUCAUCUUUCGGAUUAUGAAAAACAAAUUAUUGGCUUAUCCACUUAUGAUGAAGUGAUAAUUGAUGUUGCCCAUAAUCUACCGGGUAUGUAUUAUCUUGCUAAGCAAUUUUCAGCGCAAAAAUAUCGAAAUUUGUUGAAAAUAUGUAUAUAUUUCAAUUCUGAAGGAAGAUCUCUGGAUGUACUAGCACCACUAGCAUUAGAUUUUUAUGAUAUAUAUUUGGCUAGCGUUGACCAUCCAAGAAUAAGUAAUAAUACACGAUUAUUGCGUAAACUAAAUGAAAUGCACGAAACCCAAUUAAAAAUUAAGUUAAUGAAAAGUCUAUCAAAGACCAAUGGAUACUUCAUACACAAUACACCUAAUUACAAGGAGAUAAUCAAUUAUGCACUGGGGGAAAUCAAAAAAACUUCAGGAGUACUAUUACUUUGUGGUUCCUUUUUUGCGAUGUUUGACAUAUGUAGUACAUUCCAAAUCUUGCCCAGUGUUUUUGGUAUUAGUAAUCAACUUCCUUCAGUAAAAUAUUAG